AUGACAGUUGGUGAUAGAAGAGGUGGUGGUGACAGAGGUGGCGGUGGUAUAAGUGAUAGAGUAUCAGUUAAGGAUGAUGAUGAGUUGUUCGAAGAAGAAGAGGAAAUCAUUGAGGAGGAGGAGCAGCAUGACAGGGAGUUCGGUGGGGAACCAACAAACAACUCACCUUAUCCAGAUUCAUCUUCUAGCCGAUCCUUCGGUAAUCAUGCUUUAGGGCCUAGGACGAUAACCACCCCAAGAAAAUAUGUCUCCAUUCCAACCCGGAUUAGAGCAGCCUCGCCACCAUCAUUGCCUAAGAUAUCCAAAAAGCCAUACCCCAACCAAAAACAGACUCCAUAG